UAUCAAACUGUCACAGCAACCAAACCGCAAUUUUCCUUCUUCUUUUGCCUCGCCUCAGCGAAAGUAGAAGAACAGAGAAGUAUGGACCCAUCGAAUCAAAUCUCCGAAUUCUCUUCAUUCCCUCCUCUUCCUCUGGAUCCCCUCCAAUACACCAUUUUUGUACCUCACUCAAACCCUAAUCCUAAUAACAACCCUCACCCUAGCUCCAACACCAAUUCGAACCCAAUUUCAAACCCUAACCCUAAUCCUAAUCCUGACCCUGUCCCUAACUCUAACCAUAACCCUUAUCCGGACCACUUUCUUUCGCUUUCCAUCCCUAGGAAGAGAAGACGAGGGAGACCUCGCAGCGCCGCGACGUUUACUCCAUCACAGAAUCAGGUGUUUCAAAUUCCUCACACUUCCAACGGUACAAUUAACGGUAACAAUUAUCUUGCUGGUGCUUCUUCUUCUUCAACUUCUUUUUCCAAACUUAGUAUAGAAAACCCUACUUCUUCAACCGCCGCUGUUCCUGAUAUAUCUGAUGAAAUCAUUGUUAUCAACAAAGAAGCCACAUCUGAGGCCUUGAUUGCACUUUCGGCUGGUUUUCCGGCUGAUUCCCUCACCGAGGAGGAAAUUGAUGCUGGGGUUCUUUCUAUAAUUGGUGGAAUCGAGCAAGUUAAUUAUAUUCUCAUCCGAAACCACAUUCUAGCGAAAUGGCGGGAGAAUGUGUCAAGUUGGGUUGCAAAAGAGAUGUUUCUUGGUUCAGUACCAUCACAUUGUCACAUUCUUCUGGACUCAGCUUAUAAUUUUUUGGUUACACAUGGAUAUGUUAAUUUCGGGGUUGCACAUGCAAUCAAAGAAAAAAUUCCAACUGAACCCAGUAAGCAGAAUGUGGUUGUGAUAGGGGCAGGGCUUGCAGGAUUGGCUGCAGCCCGACAAUUAAUGCGGUUUGGGUAUAAGGUAACUGUUUUGGAGGGUAGGAAACGAGCAGGUGGAAGGGUUUAUACAAAGAAAAUGGAGGGAGGGAAUAGGACUGCGGCUGCGGAUUUGGGGGGUAGUGUGUUAACUGGUACACAUGGAAACCCGCUUGGGAUUGUGGCCCGGCAAUUGGGCUAUCACCUUCAUAAGGUGAGAGACAAGUGCCCGCUUUAUAGUGUGGAUGGAAAACCUGUUGACCCGGACAUGGAUUUGAAGGUGGAAGCCGAUUUUAAUCGCCUUUUGGAUAAGGCAAGCAAGUUAAGACAGCUAAUGGGGGAGGUUUCAGUGGAUGUCUCACUUGGGGCAGCACUGGAGACUUUUAGACAGGUGUGUGGGGAUGCUGUAAAUGCUGAGGAGAUAAACCUGUUUAAUUGGCAUCUUGCAAAUUUGGAAUAUGCAAAUGCAGGUUUGCUUUCAAAGCUUUCACUUGCAUUCUGGGACCAAGAUGAUCCAUAUGAUAUGGGAGGGGACCAUUGCUUCUUGCCUGGGGGGAAUGGGAGGCUAGUUCAGGUUUUGUCUGAGAAUGUGCCCAUCCUUUAUGAAAAAACUGUGCACACGAUAAGGUAUGGUAGUGAUGGAGUACAGGUGAUUGCUGGGAACCAGGUAUUUGAGGGUGACAUGGCACUAUGUACAGUUCCACUUGGGGUUCUGAAGAGUGGAUCUAUCAAAUUUAUUCCAGAGUUGCCUCAAAGAAAGCUUGAUGGGAUCAAGAGGCUGGGAUUUGGUUUAUUAAAUAAGGUUGCAAUGCUUUUUCCUCAUGUGUUCUGGGGCACAGAUCUUGACACAUUUGGUCAUCUGUCUGAUGAUCCAAGUCGCCGGGGAGAGUUUUUCCUGUUCUACAGCUAUGCAACUGUUGCUGGUGGUCCUCUCUUGAUUGCUUUAGUAGCAGGAGAAGCUGCACAUAAGUUUGAGAGCAUGCCACCUACUGAUGCUGUGACUUGGGUUAUUCAAAUUCUCAGGGGGAUUUACGAACCACAAGGAAUCAAUGUUCCAGAGCCUAUCCAAACCGUCUGUACUAGAUGGGGUAGUGAUCCUUUCAGCCUAGGUUCGUACUCAAAUGUUGCUGUGGGGGCAUCAGGAGAUGACUAUGACAUCUUAGCGGAAAAUGUGGGGGAUGGAAGACUUUUCUUUGCAGGAGAGGCUACUACUAGGCGAUACCCUGCAACUAUGCAUGGAGCCUUUCUUAGUGGGCUAAGAGAAGCUGCAAACAUGGCUCACUAUGCUAAUGCUCGAGUCAUACGGAUAAAGAUUGAAAGAAGCCCAUCAAAGAAUGCACAUUCUUGUGCUUCCCUUCUGGCAGAUUUAUUCAGGGAGCCUGAUUUAGAAUUUGGGAGCUUUGCUGUUAUUUUUGGGAAGAAAAAUUCUGAUCCCAAGUCAAUGGUAAUUUUAAGGGUGACAUUUACUGGGCCACGAAAAGGUUCAAAACUGGACCAGAAUCAUUCAAAUAAAUUGCUUUUUCAGCAGCUUGAGUCACAUUUUAAUCAUCAGCAGCAGCUUCAUAUUUACACUCUGUUGUCAAGACAACAAGCCCUUGAACUAAGAGAAGUGAGAGGAGGUGAUGACAUGAGGUUGAAUUUCCUCUGUGAAAAGCUUGGAGUGAAACUAGUUGCAAGAAAAGGUUUGGGCCCUUCUGCCGAUUCUGUUAUUGCUUCAAUAAAGGCAGAGAGGGGAAACCGCAAGCCAGCUUCAACAUCUUUGGCUCUUAAAUCAGGAAUGAAGCCUAAAGCAGCCGGUUCGAAGCGAAAAGUUGUUAGGAAGGCUAAAGUUGUGAGCAAUGUUGGUGGCUUGAUGCCUCGCAAUUCAAACAUGCGUAAUGGUAACAGCUCAAUACCUCCUUCCAAUUUGAUUGUGCGCAAUGGCAGUGGCUCAACGCCUCCUCCCAAUUUAAACAUGGGCAAUGGCAGUGGCUUGGUGCCUCGUCCCAAUUUAAAUAUGGGCAAUGGCAGUGGCUUGGUGCCUUCUUCUAAUUUAAACAUGACCAGUGGCUUGUUGCCUCCUUCCAAUUUAAGCAUAGGCAAUGGCAGUGGCUUCACUCCUGCCAUUUUAAACAUGGGCAACAAUGGUAGUUCGGUUCCUCCUGAUUUGAACAUUGGCAAUGGUGGUGGCUCAGAACUUCAUCCCCAUUUAGGCUUGGGAAAUGGCAGUGGCGUUGUACCUCCUCCCAAUAUAAAUGUGGCAGAGAGUAAGCUGAUGGGACAAAUGUAGGAGCACUUAUCGAGGACCUUCUGACGCUUUUUGCUCAUGUAUGAACAGAGGAACGCAUCAUGCACCUUCUGACACUUUCUUCUCAUGGCAUUAAUCUCUGGACAUGGUGAAGUAAUGAGCAGACAGCCUCUUUCAGUUGAGAGAAUGUGGGACAAUGAAUUCUUUUCCUAUUUGGGACCAUAUUUGGGAUUUGUAUCACUUUGGAUUGGAUCAGAGAGUUGACAAUUGAUAUGUUAACUUUUCCGUGGAGUUUUUGUUGAAGAGUGUGUGUGUGUGUGUGUUUUGAGAUUGACAAGAGCUCAAGGCUUAGGAAUGGGUAUGAACGGUUGAAUUGAAUUGCUGGAUCCUAUUUUUGUUGGAACAGCCACAUUAUUAUUGCUAUUUUCUAAUAAAAGGCGGAUGAUUUGAUGCUGUUGGAAAUUAUUUAGAGGCCCUUUAUCAUUCUGAUUGUUUUUAUGACUUGGUGGUCUCCUGGAUAGUAUCAUUAUUCUUUACUGGGUUUUGUCUUGUAUUAAGUUAGCAAUUCUUAGUAAUUGUGUGUAAGGAAGAAAUACAUCUUGUUUGUCUCCAAAAAUCAGAGCCCUACUUUGCAUAUUAUUACCAUGAAGUUGGAUGGUGGUAACUACCUUGUACUUAUAUGAAGAUGGGUUACAUGACUGGAAAAUCAAGGAGCCUGACACUAAAAACUUUUAUAUUUGCGAUGCUUACAACUUGAAUAUCACUACUUGGUUGCUGCAUACAAUGUGACUCCUGAUUUGUGAUAAGUUUACUCGUUACUUUGGGAUGUCUUAAGAGUUUGGAUGUUGUAUCUCAAGACUUUUCUAAGAUGGAUGGUAUUAGACAGAUUUUCAGUGAAAAAUGAUAUUCAUGAAGCCACUCAAAUGAUAGGCCUCAUGCAGUCUGCAUCAAUAUUUUGUGAUAAAAGUGGGAAGAAGUUGACUAUUAUCUGAAACUGUAAUGCAUGGAAGGAUCUGAAACAGUAACGCAUGUUUAAGUUAGUUGACUAUGUAAAUAAGGAAGUUGUAAUUUAGAGGCUUUGUAGGAGGAUUUGUUGGAAGAAUUUUAGGAGUUGGUCAAUCAAUUAGUUUUCAUUUAUUGUACAAGUGUGAAAGACGUAUAUGCACACAGACACACACACACACACACUAAUUUUUCAAUGAGAGAAUAAGAAGAUUCCUUAUUUUCCAUUAGUGUCUUUGAUUGCGUGAUUAGGUUUUAUCACUUCUUGCUUCUCUUCCUUGUUGGAGUUCUUUUUCUUAAACUCCAUUAUUUGCUGGAUGGGCCACCCAAAUCUGAGUAUAGAUGGGGCUAAGUUGCUUUGUACACCUCCAAAGCACACAAAAGUCCCCUUCAGUGCAAAUACAUGUAAGGAUAUCCAAAAAGGAAGCUAAUUAAAGCUUUUAGGUUUGGUUGCCUUAGGUUUUUGGCUUCCCCCUGCUUUCUAUAGUGUGAGCUUCACCAUGGUUAAUGCUUCUUAGAUCAGAUUUUUCACUCACUCUAAGGUGUGAUGGCUAUAUCCGCUUAAUCAAUAUCAAGAUAUAUUCUAGCUGGCUUACGUCUAGUCCUUGGAAGAAUCUUCUUUAAAAUAGGAACUGUUCCUCUCAAGCUUGUGGAUGCUUGCCUUGCCCAAAUAGAUAAUAUUUUGCUAGGGAGGGCUAUGAUGUUAGGUCCUAAACUUGAGAUUACCCAGCCAGUAGAAAAGGGGUGGGCUUAUGUCACUUGGGGUUUCAUUUGCUGCAUAUCAUAUCAAGCUCCUUAUUGGCACUUUCAUACAUGGAUUUUAUUUUUAGUGCUCCAAAUGUUACUCAAUGUAGCCCCAUAAGAGCGCUGUGGUAGGCUAUAUUGCAUGGAUCAAGUUUUUUGGCACUACAGGUUAGGUGUUUGAUUGUCACAUGGUGCUUGAGGAUCCCUAUUAGUUAAUUGUCUCAAUGACUUUGGAGAUUAGACUAUUCUCUUUUCGUGCUUUAAUAGGCCUCUUACAUUCCUUUGUUUAUUUUAGUAGGCAAAUAAAAAAUAUUUUAAUAGAAUAGAGCCUAACAAAGAGAGGUGCAUCCAAUGUACACUGAUAGCAUACAAAAGUCAAAAAGAAGACACAGAAGCUACUAAGCAAGAUAACUAACAAAACGACCUAUCUAGUCACAAUAUAGGCUAUCUAAAAAAGUUCAACAUUGCAGCAAUCUCCAUCCUCAUUGCACCCCAAGAUCACUCCAACAAGAAUUUCAAAAAAGCCUCAAGUCUUUGAUGUGUCAUCUCUUUCUCAUAGAAUAUAAUUCAAUUACGCUAUUUCCAAAUAUACCAAAAGAAACAUAAGAGAACCAUGCAUCAAACCUUUCUUUGCUUUUUCUCCAUCCUUGUGACCUUUCACCCUAAGAGAAGGUUCUUCACUGUGUCUGGAAACACCCAUAUCUGCCAGAAGAUUGCUAAAAUAAGAUUCCACAACUUUUUAGUCCUAUUACAAUGAACUAGAAUAUGACUAGUUCUUUCUUCACUGCCUUUGCAUAUGACUAGUUCUUUCUUCACUGCCUUUGCAAAGGCUACAUUUAUUUAUCAUCGUCCACUCUCUUCUCAUGAGGAUAUUUAUGGUUAGGAUUUUCCCCCCAAACUGCUUCUCAUAUAUAUAUAUGUGUGUGUGUGUGUGUGUGUGUGUGUGUAUAAACAGUUUCAUAACAGGGCAUGAGGCCUCCAAAUUUCUUUAGCUGUGAACAUCUCUCUACUUCCAUCACAUAAAGAACUAUGGAAGGGCUUUUCACAGAAUUUUCCUUUCCUAUCUCCUUUCCAUUGUAAACUGUCUAUCCUUAGUCCUUGCACUCUCACCAAAUAAAUGAACUUGAAGAAUUGAACCAUUGCAUUCAUUUCCCAAUUCUCGGUUCGGCUCGCCCUUUCUCAUGGAACUUUAAUUUCCGUCGUAAUCUAACCAAUUCUGAGAUAGAAGAUCUAGAACGCCUCAUGCACUCUCUUGAUUGUAUGAAUUUAUCCACUUUCGCUUCAGACGCGAGAUCUUGGUCCUUAUUGUCUUCAGGAUUGUUUAUAGUCAAGUCUUUCUUUACAGCCUUGUCCCAAAUGCCUGAUUCAUCUCCAUUUUUCCCCACUAAGUUUGUAUGGAAAUCUCAAGUCCCUUUCAAAUGGGGAUUGUGGGAGGUGCUAGGUUUGAAUCCAAAUGGGGGCCCAAAAACAAAAACAAAAACAAAGUUAAAAAAAAAAGGAAAGAAAAGCAAAGAAGAGAAAUAUUU